GCUGCCAGCAUUGUGGUUCAAAAUUCACGAAGAAUUGAGAACUUUGGCGGAUUUGAGUGAAAUACUGUAGUUCUCAACAAAUAUUCAAAACGAAAGUUCAUCUGACAGAAAAGGUUGAGUAAGUAGUUGAGCAAGAGAGAAAGAGGGAUCUUUUAAGUAGAAAUUUUAUAUAGACUUUGGAUCUAAUCGUGCAAUCUUCAAAAACUGAUUUUACGGGACAAAAAUCGCAGAAGAAGAGAGAUAACUAAAUAAAAGCAUGCUCCGAAACACAGUCAAAAUUUCUCAGGAUUCCAAAAACACAAGACGACAGUAGGAGACUCAGCAACAAGAUGCAUCAAUUUAAGAAGAUGAUGAAAUUUUUAUUUAAAAAAAAGGAUCGAGCGAUCUCCUCGCCGCCAUCCCCAGGCGCCCCUUCGAACAAAUUAAAAAAGUUCCGAUCAAAAUCGAAGGCAUUGCCGUCUCCGUCGGUUGAACCUGAUCAGCGAGCAGUGAUCGACCUAAUUAACAAGCAGAAAUCUGGCGACUCUUCAAGCUCUGGCUCAGCAAAAAGUUUGUUCUCCAAGUACAUACCUCUGCCAGGUAUCGGGGAGAAGGAGAAAUCUUUAGUGGAGAAAAGAAGAAAACUCAUGCGGAGAGGAACUUACACCGUGUUGAACCCGGUUUUUGUGAAACGACCCCCUUCUCCUACGGAAAAAGAGCGUCAUUCAGUGGAAUGCCACGGCAAACGACCCAAGCCGAAUAUAAAGAACCAAAGAAUCAGCUUCAAAGAGAAAAUCAAGGAAUUGCGGAAAAAUGCGAAGAACAUCGAAGAGGCAUCGGGUGGAGCCUUCUGGGUCGAUAUGUAGUCGUAAGUA